AAGUAGCUUAAAGGAUUGUGUGACUAAUAUGACAUUCACAUAAUCACCUUUGUGUCUUUGACUUAUUGCUCAUCACCUAAUCAAUCAAUACUAAAUUUAACCAGUAUGAAACACAUUCCUUACAUUUUGCACUGUCCAGCCCAAUAGUCCUGUGAAGAAUUUUAUAUAAAGGAAUGGUUUUCUUGAUAUUUUGCUACAGGUGGGUUGACACCAAUAGGUGCUGCAUACGUUUGAGCAAAAAGGUGAUAUCUGGGUGGAGGCAUGUAGAUUGUUGUAACAAAUUCUGUAGAAAAUAAUGCUGGUUUCACUGCAUCUUAGAUGCUGGUUUGCAAGUUGAUAAUAAGUCAAAUGGUUUAUCGUCUUUUUAUACCAUAAUGUAAAAAGCCUUCAAAAUGUAAAAAUCUUUUUUUUGUCACAGCCGAGUUGAGUAUGGGCCCAUCAUUGCAAAAAUUAGUAUUAUUAGUUAAAAAUUAUUAUUAGUAAAUAGUAAAAAAGUAUCCCCAAAGUCUUUUAGCCUCUUCUCCUGCUCUACACAAGAGGCUAAAAAGAAAGAGAUUCAGGUUAACGAAAUGUUUUGAGGUUUUGUGCAUCAUGAAAAUUUUUGGAUCAGUUUAAUCAAUCACAAUUUUAAUGUAAAAAAUAAAUAGUUAACAUUACAAAAAGGGAAUAUUUUUACAAUAUUAUCCAAACUUUACAUAUGUUGAUUUUAAAGGCCAGUUUACUCUUAUUUUUGUUCAAUCCACUGAUCAAUAGACUGUGUCUAUUGUGCAUAGACUGUUAAAAACUUAUUUUCUAUGACUUCAUAACUUCAUUGUUUUAGUAAUAAACAAAACUACGUUUAACUCUUAUAAUGUCACUAAAUUAGCAACAAGAUAGUUCAUGAAGCCUGAUUCAUUUUGUUACAUGCGUGGUCAAUAUCAGUCAUUGAGCCGAUCAGUAGCUUAUGCGGUAUUUCACCUGAUCAAACUAAUGCAAAUAGAUUGUAUUAAUUUACAUGUUUUUAUGCUGUGCUUGGCGGAGUAACAGCAAAAUCGUCCGUGCUGGCGCUAUACAAAGCACCCAGAUCAUUAGAGGCCUCGGUGUUUUGAAGAACAUAAUAUCAACGUCACAUGGUAACGAUUUUUCCUCAAGCUCCGCUCAGAGUCAAGGUGAUUGUUUUGCGGAAAGUCGUUAAAUGUAAAUAAGAGGCUUCACAGAGGUUUAAUUAAAUCAAUCAAUUCAUUCAAUGUCGAGCCUUUAUCACUGGCCCAUUACACGUCCCAGAUAACACACAGGCCAGUGAUGAGGAGAGCUGUUCUGUGCGGGAGCCGAUGAAUGCUGUUAAGUUAAAACAAUUACCUGAUGCUUAGACGGAUGUUUGUUGUUUUGCCAAGACCUUAAAAGUGCAACUGAAGGGAAAUCGAUCACCUGUGUCUGGGAUUCAUGUGUGCAGGGAAACACGUGCUUGAUGAGCCAGAGCAUGACCUUGAUCUUGGUCAUUUGGUUAUUGUCAAAAAUGAAAUCCUUUGAUUAAAUGUAUUUUUUGUGUAUCAGUCUGGAUCUCUGUAAGACACGUGGGAACUCAGGUCGUGGUCAUUUCAAUAUUCGCUCCUCUAUUAAAUAAUGUCUUUUUUUCGUUUCAUUCAUAUUUGCCAGGUUUGUUAUGAAAUAAGUUGAUGCUGAAAAAGUUUUCAAUGCCACAGCAAGUCUAGUGAAUUCGCACAACACAAUUUAAUCAUUUCUCAGCCUGUGUCUGCAGACUUGCUUUUGUUAAGACUACGCGCACCCGCCCAGGGCAUUUAUAUUGAACCGGGGACAAACAUGGCCAUAUGCGUAAGAGCUCUUUGUACUGAUGGUCUCAGUGUUCUCCUUCAUUACACCCGCUCACAAAAAGGCAUUGUGAAUUUAAGCAUUGAAAUGUGAUUCUUCUUCUUUUCACCUUGAAAGCGAACCUUUAACCACGGUGGCUCAACCACGGAUGGACACGGGGAAUAUGCGGAGAGGACGUGCUUUGAUUUGAAGCGCACUUAAUCAAGACAGGUCAUUUGCCACCACCCUGUAAAAACCGUAAGCUUGUCAGAUGUCAUCGUCCUCCUAAUCUCGCGCGGGCCCCAACACUCGAUAGCCACACUGAGAGGAUUUCAGCAGACUUGGAGAGCGCGUCUGGCAGCCGCUCGGAAGCGGUGGAUUUGGGCGAAGCGCGCUUUUUCUUUUAUUGUGGAUAACUCCGUGCUUAGCGUUUCGCGUCUUCGGGCAGUCAAUGGUUGGCACAGCAAACACGGUGGUUUCUCUGAAACACUGGGAGUGUCGCUGCCGUGUGCUGAAACGCUAUAUCCAAACGUCAGUGACUCAGAGAGGCUGUUACAAGACCAGAUAUUUCAGUUUCACGGUUACAAGAUGACAGCGUGAUUUAUCAAGUCCAUCCUCAGCAAGGCUGGAUAUUGAAACUAUGCGUGGCCACUGAGCCGGAAUGAGCAUGUUUGGCACCGUCCCUGUGCUCCUGAAUCCCCACCUUGUAGCAGGACGUUGCGCACCUGGCCUUCUUCAAAUGCACUUAUAGCGCGCGCGGCUUUGACUUGUCUCUCGGGACAGUGAUUUUUCUUCACCCGCCACCAUGGUGGAGCACAGCGCCUUGGAUAUAAUGUGCCUAAACAAGUACUGCCACAGUUCCUCCUCGUCGUCCAGCUCCGAGAACGACAAGAAGGAUAUCGCCAAAGACAGUUUGUCAGGGGACUAUCCAAAGAAGAACGCGGAGUUCCUCAGCGCCCAGUAUGGGACCAACCUGCUGCUGGUCGGGGCUGCGAUGAUGCUGGCCAACGUGCCGCGCACCCGCGUUAUCAAAGAGGAGCACCUGAUGUCCUUCCUCACCUGCCUCAUGAUCCUGCAGCUGAUCUGGAUGAUGUGGUACAUCCUGGUGCGCAACAAGCGGAAGAACUCCAGGACCGAAAGAGAUGUCCAUGCCACCUCAAGCUGGAUACGAGGUGGUUUGAGUCUUCUUGCGGUUCUGUCGCUUAUUAUGGACGCUUUCAGAAUCGGGUAUUUUGUCGGCGAGCAGUCUUGUGUUUCCGUCGUGCUUGUGGUGUAUCCUGUCAUCCAUGCAACUCACACCAUGGCGCAGUUGCAUUUUCUCUGGUUUCACAUAAAGGAUGUCAUCAAAAGCUUUGAGACAUUUGAAAGAUUUGGAGUCAUCCACGCAGUCUUUACCAACCUCAACCUCUGGUGCAACGGCGUUAUGUCAGAGGCCGAGCACUUCUUAACCAACCAUGUGAGGAGACUCUAUGUGGUGGGAUACGAAAACCUCACUUCAGUGCACCCAGAGGCUCUCUGUAACUGCACCAGUAGCUCAUGCAGGCUUUUCUACACCAGCCUCUCUUACCUCUACCCCUUCAACAUCGAGUACCACAUCUUUGUCUCUGCCUUGUUGUUCGUCAUGUGGAAGAACAUCGGGCGAACUAUUGACCAUUCCCACCCGAAGAAGAUGCCCACCAGCGCCCGCAACCUGGUGGUGGGCCCUGUUAUGGGUGUACUAGCUCUGGGCAGCACCAUCGGGAUCCUGGUGGUCUACAUUUCUAACAUGGACGACUCCAUCCCAGCGCGUGCGUCAGCCGUCUCCAUGUUCUACAUUUACGGCAUCGUCCUGCUGGCGUUCAUGUGCCUUGGUGGUGCUUCAGGUCUAGUCAUUUACCGAUUGGACCACGUGCCACUGGACACUUCUAAGAACCCUUCCAGGCAACUGGACAUUGAGCUGCUCUUUGGAUCUUCUAUCGGUGCCUGGCUCAUGUCUUGGUGCAGCGUAGUAGCUGUGUUGUGUACCGAUAGCAAUCCUCCUUACCGCUGGAUGAACUUUGUCUACUCUCUGCUCAUUGUGCUGGAGAAGUACAUCCAGAACCUCUUCAUAGUUGAGUCUCUGUACCGACAGCAGGACUAUGUGGAGAAGGAGGACCCCGAGGGCAACCCAGAGUUACCGCCUUCUCCAGAAAUAUUCUCAGUGACUCCUGCUUCAACUCCAACAUACAACGGGAUAGUCAACCAAGCCUUCGAGCCUCCAGACAGCCCUGGCAUCACAGUGGAGAACGAGCAGGAGGAAAACGGGCAGGUGUAUGAAUGCCAGGAUGUCAGGAAGUCUUCGGACGUGCCUCUGGGGAACAAAAUAGUGGAACCUUCAAAUGUCAAGAGACAGGUCCUGAAGAACAUCUCAGUCUUCCUGAUAAUGUGCAACAUGUCGCUGUGGAUCCUUCCCGCGUUUGGCUGCCGACCACAGUACGACAACGGCAUGGAGGAGGACAUAUUCGGCUUCAGCAUGUGGACCACGGUUCUCAACUUUGCCAUUCCUCUGAGCCUGUUCUACCGCAUGCACUCCGUGGCCUCUCUCUUUGAGGUGUUCCGCCAUGUCUGACACAACAGAAGGCGACUGACGACACCAGGCGACGCGCGCCAGAACUCUUGUCACUGCCGGCGUCCGAGAGUGUGUCCCACGGCCCGGGUUGAACCGGCCGCGAUGCGGUCUGGGCCACACUCCAGCAAACUUGAAUGAGAGCUGCGGAGACCGACCAAACCUAUUAGCCUGCUAUCCUUGAAGAAUUACCAUAUAUACUGCAAAGUUUUGGAAAGAGGGGGAUGAGGAGGAGCUUUAGUCUCAAGUGUUUCAAAGGGCCCUUGGUACUUUUCUGUUCCGUAGUCACGUUUCGUGUAAAAUGUAUAUGUUUCAUCAAUAUGCACAUUUUAUUUUUUCUUACUAUUAAAUUAUAUAACAUUCAUUUGAUUUUCAUAUCUAAACAACCUAAUCUAAAAUAUCUAUUGAAGUAAUAGUACUGUAUUUGACAAAGCCAGAAAGGGAUCAAUGCACCACUUAACCUAUAUGUUAUCUGCGUUUUUAAUGUGGAUGCUCUGUAUGGACAACGUUCUCAUUUAGUAGUCCUUUGAAUAGCUCAGUGGAAGACACUUUAAAGAAUCAACACUUGAGUAGGGAUGGUGACAAUCUUAGAUGUUGGUGAUGCAAUAUUUACAAUGAUCCCAACAAACUGGACUAUUGUUCUCAGUCGUACUUAGCACCUGCCUCUCUCACUCACUUAAGGUUCCUCACUGUCGGCAAAUGGAUCAUCUGGGGACAACUGGGACGGAUCAGAGACUGUAUGUUUACACCUAAAGGAUCAAUGAUAAUCACCAUCUCAGUCUGUAAUGUUACUCGUUUCUUACUGGCUUAAAGCACAUGUACUAGAGGUACUGUAACAGUUUGUAACUAAUCAAUGGAUCGGUUCAGUCAGACAUCCAGCAAGUUCUCAACCUGGUGCUGGUCACUGUAUGUGUUCUCAACAUGUGCCAAGUUGUGAUAAAAUCAUUUUUAUUUAGGAACCUGAUGCAAUAUUAUUGUUUAUUAUCUUUCUAAAUAUUCUACUAUGCUGAUCAAAAUCAUUCAGACACUGAUAAAUUUGCAAAAUUAAAAUUAAAAUGUCCUGGUAUAAAUGUCCUGUGAAAACUAGUUGUUAUUUGCCUAUUGAAACAAACAAACAAACAAACAAACAAACAAACAAACAAACAAACAAGACUCGUUGCUAUUUUUCUCCUUUUUUACUGAAAUUGUUAAUUGCAGUUGUAGUAAAUCUUUCAACCAGAAGAGGGAGCCACAUACUGUGCUUUAUAGUUUGUUCUGCAUCUCCACAUGGUCCAUCCAGGC